AUGGCAGGAUGUACCGAUGAGUGGUCACCAGUCUUCACAACCCGCGACACCCUUCUGGCAGACUAUAGAAGGACAGCAGAGCUAGUCACAUCCUUCUGGAGACGUUGGUUACAAGAGUAUUUCACCGCAUUACGUGAGCAACAUCGCACCGAGCAUACCACACCCCGUUCUCACGAAAAGGAACGUCCUCGCCAAGGAGUCUCCGUACCAGUGACCAUCUUCUGCUUCAUCGUGGGCAAUGGAGAAUGGGAGAGUCAUCGGGUUGCAGGACAAUUUCAGAAGAUUUGUGGAAAUCGAAUUCCCGAACAGAAGGAUCAUCACUCGUCCGCUCAAUCUCGUCUACAAAUUGAAAGUCCCACCUGCCUUUCCACCACCCAAUCCACCACCCUCAGCAGCAAAUACACUGCAUACAAUGAUCACGAGAUCGAAAGCACGGCUUCUCAACAACGCCAACCUUCUGUGCCUAAAGAUUCUAACCAUACAAGGGACAUCACCAGCUCAUACACGCUGCCAUGA